UUCUCUGUCUUUAAAUUUUCAGUGCCGAGUAUUUCUCUGACGAGCAACUAUAGUGUUCUUUGUUUAUAUUAUUUCCGAGAGUCCAAAUUUACCCGGUAUCCCCAAAAGUAGGUAGCACUUGCAUUUACAUUGCCCGCUCACUGCACAUCUUCUGUAAAGCUUGCAGCGGGCGCAGUUUCCGAUUCUCUACGUUUAGUUUGCUUUUGUACGGCACUAGCCAAAGUCGGAAAAUUAAUAAGAAAAACUGAAGACAACGAUGUCGGAGGGCGCAUGUGCCAGUGGGCCACCACCCCCUCUUGGGCAUACUCCAACUAUUGGCGUCAUGUGCAUCGAUAUUGCCACGAAGUUGCAGAAGCACUUUGGGGAAGAAUACCAUAGUUAUCUAGCGGCAUCCUAUAUCAAGUAUCUGGAGGCAUCCGGUGCUCAUGUCGCACCUGUGUGGAUUGGCCGCGAUCGUGCCUAUUACAAGGGGAUAAUGGACCAGAUAAAUGGCAUCCUUUUGCCGGGCGGAGCGGUAUUCUUCGAGGAAGCCGAGAUGAAGUCCAAUCCGAAACUAACCAACGACUGUGUAAGGAGUGCGGAGCACAUAUACCAAUUGGCCAUGGAGCGGAAUAAGCUGGCAAAGAAGGAGAAUGAUGCCGGUGGAUAUUUCCCCCUGUGGGGCACUUGUCUGGGCUUUCAGUUACUCCUAAUACAUGCCGCCGAAACUCCCAAGAUUCGCACCGAUUGUAUGCACAUCCAACAGGCAAUGCCAUUGAGACUGUCCGAGGACUACCUUAAGUCGCAGCUCCUGCAGGAUCUACCCACGUAUGCGGCGGAGCAAAUGGAACGUGUGCCAUUUGCCUCACAUCAACAUCAGUACUGUGUCACCGAACAGAGCCUGGAAUCCUUUGGCCUGGCCAACGACUGGCAUACCUUGGGCACCCAAAUGGAUUCGUCUGGAGUGGAGUUCAUUUCCCUCAUCGAGCACCGGCAUUUUCCCUUCUUUGGCAGCCAGUUUCAUGCGGAACGAGCUGCCUUUGAGCAGCUGUUUGCCGGAAAGGAUCUGUGUCACGAGUCGCACACUCCUCAAGGAAUUGAGUUGGCCCAGCUCAUAGGCGCUCGAUUCGUGGAGGUCUGUCGCCGGAACAGGAAUCGAUUCGAUAGUCCUGAUGAAAAGGCUCGUCAUUUGAUCAAUAACUGGCAGCCAGUAUUCUCCGGUCUAUACCAGGACUCCAAGUGGUUGCAGUGUUAUCUCUUUAAGAAGGAAGAUGAUUAUCCGGAGAAGGUAGUGCGAAAUACUGAAAGUGAUAAAAAGGAAACAUGAAAGUUAAUUAAUUAAUUAUAGUAAACAAAGGCAACAAUUA